AUGCCCCCGAAGAUGCUGGCGGUCAUUCGCCGCUUCGACGAGGGCAUGAGGGCGCGCGUCCGAACGGACGACGGNCUCCGACAGGGAUGCAACCUGGCCCCGCUGCUGUUCAACUUGUUCUUUGCCGCGAUGCUCAUGGUCGCCGUGGCCGAGUUCGACAAGGACCCCAAGGUGACGACGGACAUGGUCAAGAUCGGGAUAAAAGUCGAGUACACUGGCAAGAAGGGCACGUCGGGAGGGAAGAAGACGACGGUGGUGACGGACGUGGAGACCCUGUUGGCCAUGCUCUACACUGACGACGCGGCCAUCGUCUCGCGCUCACCGGAGAGUCUCGACAACAUGAUGUCGGUUAUGGUACGCGUGGCCGGCCUGUUCGGACUGAUGGUAUCGGAGCCAAAGACGGAGAUCAUGUGCAUACUGCCGAAAGGGAUAGAGGAACGCCCGUUAAUGAUCAGCGCCGCCGGCCAGACAUACAAGCAGACAGAUCAGUUUGUGUAUCUCGGACAUACCAUCUUCGCGGACGGGAAGGCCGACCGGGAGAUCACGAGCCGAAGCUGCCGAGCGUGGAAGUGCUACCGCCGGAACGCCGGAACAGUGCUUCGAUGUACCACGUGGCGACGGGCCGAUCUCCAGCUCAAGAUCCGGCUUCUCCAGGCUGAAGUGGUGGAGACUCUCCUAUACGAGUGCUCCUCGUGGAGCCUAACAGUGGAGCACUGCACGAACUCAAUGAGACCCACCGCCAGUUCCUUUCAUGGUGCAUCGACUGGAGCAAUCGGAAACGCUCAGACCGCCCCCUGUCGAGAACGACUGUGCGUCUCGUUGGGAGGGGACCUCGUGGCCUUCAAUAUGGGAGACGAAAAGGAAGGGGGGAAAUGGAAAGAGAGCGCCAAGGACUCGGAGGUGUGGUACAACAAGGUCGAGGACGGGGCGGCAUGGCUCAUGAGGAAAUGGCAUAGGCAGGAGGCGGAAGCGUUCGCGAAGCGCCAGCGCGCGAGGGAAGCAGAAGCAGAGAGUACGGCCAUCUCAGGACCGAAAAGAAAGAGAGCCGGGGAAGCGGCGGUGCGGGGGAAGGAGCGGUAG